CCCAGCCGCUGUCAGCCCUUCACGUCUGAAGGGGGACAGGAGGUGGAUUGUCUUGAAAUUGAGUCACCUUGGCCGGGCGCCGUAGCUCACACCUGUAAUCCCAGCACUUUGGGAGGCUGAGGUGGGCGGAUCACUUGAUGUCAGGGGUUCGAGACCAGACUGACCAACAUGGAGAAACCCCAUCUCUGCUAAAAAUACAAAAAAUAGCCAGGUGGCGCAUGCCUGUAAUCCCAGCUACUCGGGAGGCUGAGGCAGGAGAAUCGCUUGAACCCAGGAGGUUACUGUGAACCGAGAUCGGGCCAUUGCACUCCAGCCUGGGCAACAAGAGCAAAACUCCGUCUCAAAAAAAAAAGAAAGAAAGAAAUUUAGUCACCUGGGAGACAUUGGGCACAGGUCCAAGGAUGUAAAAUGAAUCACCUCUUCACAGACCAAUGAGAAAUCAAAGCCAGGAGCCAACCCAGUACAUCAUACAAGUUGGGAAGCAGUAGUCCGGAGAGGGAUGAGGGCUUCUCUGAGUCACACAGUACGGGAAUAGAGACAAAGAGGCCUGAUUCCCGACAAGAGGGGUUGGGGCAGCGGGGUUCUCUGGGAGAAGCAUCGGCAUCCCUCCCUCUCCCAGUGGUGGGAAGGAUGCCCCAACCAGCUGCUUCUAUUCCAGACUGUGAGAAGUGGGUGACUCAGCCUGUUGUGGGUAGAGCAGGAUUUCCAGCACGCGCGUGCACACACACACACACACACAGACACAGAGAGAGAGAGAGAGAGAGAGAUAGGCUGGGAGCUGGUUUUCUGGGAUGCCAAGGUUCCUGACUCAGCACUGGGAAUCUUAGCUGAGUGUGUUCUGGGAAAUGUCAGGCCUACAGGAAGCAGAGGGCUCCCAGUCGCACCAUCCCGCAGGCAAUGUGGCUGAAGGUCGGGGGCCUACUUCGGGGGACUGGUGGACAGCUGGGCCAGACUGUUGGUCGGCCUUGUGGGGCCCUGGGGCCUAGGCCCCACUGCUGGUGGCCGUGUGGAGGUUCUUGGGCCCAAAAGUUUUACCAGGAUGGGCCUGGGAGAGGCCUGGGUGAGGAGGACAUUCGUAGGGCACGAGAGGCGCGUCCCAGGAAGACACCCCGGCCCCAGCUGAGUGACCGUUCUCGAGAACGCAAGGUGCCUGCCUCUCGCAUCAGCCGCUUGGCCAACUUUGGUGGACUGGCUGUGGGCUUGGGGCUGGGAGCGCUGGUCGAGAUGGCUAAGAAGUCCCUGCCAGGAGGUCAUCUAAAGUCAGAGGGUGGCUCUGGGCUGGACUCCAGCCCCUUCCUGUCAGAGGCCAAUGCAGAGCGGAUUGUGCAGACUUUAUGUACAGUUCGAGGGGCCGCCCUCAAGGUUGGCCAGAUGCUCAGCAUCCAGGACAACAGCUGCAUGAGUCCUCAGCUGCAGCGCAUCUUCGAGCGGGUCCGCCAGAGCGCCGACUUCAUGCCCCGCUGGCAGAUGCUGAGAGUUCUUGAAGAGGAGCUUGGCAAGGACUGGCAGACCAAGGUGGCCUCCCUGGAGGAGGUGCCCUUUGCCGCUGCCUCGAUUGGGCAGGUGCACCAGGGCCUGCUGAGGGACGGGACGGAGGUGGCUGUGAAGAUCCAGUACCCUGGUGUGGCCCAGAGCAUUCAGAGCGAUGUACAGAACCUGCUGGCGGUGCUCCAGAUGAGCGCGGCUCUGCCCGCGGGCCUGUUUGCUGAGCAGAGCCUGCAGGCUUUGCAACAGGAGCUGGCUUGGGAGUGUGACUACCGUCGUGAGGCAGCCUGUGCCCGGAACUUCAGGCAGCUGCUGGCAAAUGACCCCUUCUUCCGAGUGCCAGCCGUGGUUAAGGAGCUGAGCACGACGCGGGUGCUGGGCAUGGAGCUAGCUGGUGGGGUGCCCCUGGACCAGUGCCAGGGCCUGAGCCAGGACCUGCGGAAUGAGAUUUGCUUCCAGCUCCUGAAGCUGUGUCUGCGGGAGCUGUUUGAGUUCCGAUUCAUGCAAACCGACCCCAACUGGGCCAACUUCCUGUAUGACGCCUCCAGCCACCAGGUGACCCUGCUGGACUUUGGCGCAAGCCGGGAGUUUGGGACGGAGUUCACAGACCAUUACAUUGAGGUGGUAAAAGCUGCAGCUGACAGAGACCGAGACCGUGUCCUACAGAAGUCCAGAGACCUCAAAUUCCUCACAGGCUUUGAAACCAAGGCAUUCUCCGACGCCCACGUGGAGGCAGUGAUGAUCCUGGGGGAGCCCUUCGCCACCCAGGGCCCCUAUGACUUUGGGUCCGGGGAAACUGCCCGCCGUGUACAGGACUUCAUCCCGGUGCUGUUGCGGCACCGGCUGUGCCCCCCACCGGAGGAGACCUAUGCCCUGCACCGCAAGCUAGCAGGGGCUUUCCUGGCCUGUGCCCGCCUCCGAGCCCACAUCGCCUGCAGAGACCUCUUCCAGGACACCUACCACCGCUACUGGGCCAGUCGCCAGCCAGACACAGCCACUGCCGGCAGCCUCCCGAUCAAAGGGGACUCCAGGGCAGAUCCCUCAUGACAGCCUCUGGGGGGAUUGCGUCCCCAUUGCAGGCCAUACUCUGCUGUGGUGCCUCUUAUCCCUUCCCCAUCUGCCCUGGGUCGGGGGAGCCCCCUUGGGCUUUCCAGUCUUGCCUGGCUCCCCUCCUUGGUCCAGGAGCUCAGGGUCUCUGGGGCUGGGGAACUCUCAACUUCGUGCCCUAGAUCCUGCGCCUUCCCACUCCAGAGUGGGCAUCCGGGAACUCUAAGCCAGGGAAGUGGUUAACUUAUCUUUGGCAACAUUUGAGGGAGUGUUGGGUCCCCGCACGCCUUUAGGCAGAUCCGGACUCAUCAGGGGGAGCCCUCACCUCUGCCUCAGGUCUCCGGUAGAAGGCGAGAUGGUGGUCCUGGAGGCAGUCAUCACCUCUGCCUUCCUCGCUCCUCCACCAGCUGCCUUCUCUCGGGUUCCAGCCUCUCAAUGUGUUGGAGGGUAGGGGUAGAGGUGGGGGAGCUGAACCUUCAGUUGGAAUAAAAGCAGCCUUCCCCUUC